ACUGGGAAGUAUGCUCAGAGUUAGAACUCCUUCCUAUGACAAAGUGAAGACAAGCGAAGUCCUUGAAGGAAAAUGUUUCCACUCUCAAAACCUUUGACAUUGUUAAGAUGGCGAAGAGUUGCAGCUCGUGUACGGCAUCACUCUUCUCUCACAACUGAACUGAUAGAAAACAUGGAUAAGAAAGCAACCUGGGACCGUUUCUACACUGAGAACAAUAGCAGGACACCCACCUUCAAGAACUUUGAGUGGUUCUUUGGCUUUGAUUCUGUGCGAGACUUCAUCAUGCCCCUCUUACAGACUAAGUCUCACCCAGAUGCUCUGCUCCAAGUCCUGGAUAUGGGCUGUGGCACUUCAGCUCUGGGGCCCUGCAUUUACAGACAUUCUCCUCUUCCAGUCCGGGUCACUUGUGCCGACAUUUCCCCCAUAGCUGUGCGCCUAAUGCAGGAACACAUUCAAGCUAAAGCCAUUCAACCUCACAAUGUUUCCUCUCAGCUUGAGUUUGUAGAGCUGGACUGCACACAUAUUCACAAGCACUAUGGUUCUAGCAGUGUGGACCUGAUAGUUGACAAGGGCACCACAGAUGCCUUGUUGAGGUCUAAGGAAGGGAAAGGGAAGGCUGCCCUGGUGCUGAAGCAGUGUUUGAAGGUGUUGCGGAGCUCAGGGUCUCUGCUCCAGUUCUCUGAUGAGGACCCUGAUGCCAGACUGCUGUGGCUGGAGACAGAAGCUCAGGAGCCGGGUGUGAUGGCAGCAGAUGUUGGGGUGCAAGAGGUUGGGGAAUUAAGGGGAGUGUGUUACUACUGCUACCAAGUGACUCCUCGCUGUAUUGUACAGGAGUAACUUUCUAUGUGUGGAUGGUCAUAAUGUGAAAUGAAUAAAUUAUUGAAAAUGAUUG